CGCGUUCAGUACUGAGGCAGAGACAGUAGUGAGUGGAUGUUCGAAACAAUUGCCGUGAAAAUACACAGUUCUUAUCACUGUCUCGUUCCUAGCGCGUUGUCAAAUCGAGAUCGAAGGCGCGAGUUAUCAUUCGUUUAUGUUAUCUCAAUCUAUUAAUUAUUAGUAUUUCUCGUGAUCGGACACAGUGUUAUACAGCUGAACAACGGAUUAUGUUUAAAGUUCAACGAUAAUUGACGGGAAUCUGAGGAAGAUUCAUCUAGUCAAGAAGACAAGAUGCGUUUGUUCAAGAGACUUCCUAAUGAUCCGUGUCCUCAGCUUGUUUCAGCAACUCCAUUAUCUCAGGAUGAAGGUGUCACAAAAAAUCACUCUAAUGAGCAAACAUCUACUCCGAAAAGUUCUAGAAACAGCGAAGAAAUGCCACCACCUAGUUCAACAACAUCAACAAGAAAAAGUAUCUCAACGUGGGGAAGAAAAGUAGGGCUUAGAUGGGAUCAGUUGAAGAGAUCAGAGAGUUCUGAGAUACUCUCGGUAUCAAGUAGAAGACGUCGAUGGAGUCCCAAUAGACGGAGUACGGGCGAGUUGACUGAGGAAGAGACGAGCCCAAAAGAUUCGAAGCCAAAGAGGAUAUCACGUGUUGAAUCCCUCAGAAAUUUAUUUCGAGGGGGUGGGGGUUACAAUGAAGGCUCACAGAAGAGCGGGACGAUUCAAGAGGAAGACCCGGUCGCAUUGAAUCUUUACAAAAUGGAUAAAUCAUUGAGUGAAGGAGCUCUGAGAACCGUACCACAAAGUAGAGACCCACGAAAUCUUUGUACAUUGGCAGAAAAAAAGGAUCAACUGAAUCGUGCUAUAAACGAUCUUCAGGAGCAGCACAAGGUGUUGGAUUUUAUUUUGCAAAAUCAGGAGAUCCUGACGACAGAAAAUGGAGCUAUUUUGGCACGUCGAUCACUCGACAAUCACAGAAAGGAACCUGCAGACUUGGGAAAAAAUAAUUUAUCGUCCCAGCCUCGUGGCAGUCCCCCAGGCAGUAAUGUAAAGAGAAAUCUCUUCACCGCCAGGGCAUGCAGUGGUGAGAACGAAAGGCUUGAGAAUCGAAAAUCCUAUACAGGAUCAGCAAUAGAUGACCUGAUGUGUAACCUCCGUUUGGGGUGCGACGAGAGUGGUUACGACUCGGACAGCACUCGAGCCGGAGCGGACUCUCCGGAUAGUGAGCAAUCAGUUCCCUCAAUGCUGAAGCCUCGAAGUUUUUCCAUCACCUCCGAGGAUUAUCAAGGUGUCGAUCUUUCCCUGUUGCCAAAUGCUAUCGCCCCGUCUGUGAGCAAUCCCAUAAAAGGAACACCAGAAAAACCGGAGAGUCCUGAGAGUCUCGAAAAAGUUCCGAUUCCCCCCAAAACUGCUAAUCUAGAGGAAACACUAAAUGCAUCCGCCCGCACAAACGUUACAGUCAUGACUGAUGACGAAGAGACCGACAGCUGCGACGACGAGGCAUUUGAGGCACUCCAGAAAGGUUUCAGCAUGCGUCUAAAUCCAACGUUAAUGGACUAUGAAGUCAAUUCAUUCGAGGACAAUUUCACGAGCAUUCCCUCCAUAAUUCAGAACAACAAUAAUCCAGUUUCGAAUGCGAGUAUCUCCAAAAUUCUUUCAACACCCACCAAAGUCCCCUCGAAAUCCCAACUUCCCCCUGCGGACGAGUCAAUGCUACCGCUCACCCGAUCGAGAUUGAUAUUGCCUCAGAGAAUUACGAAAUCCCAAUCCAAUAUUAAAAGCCGAAAGCUAUCAAAUGUAAGUGUUUUACACCUCCUGGACAACGCUGCAUCACCGUGCAAAGACAGUCCUCCAGCAUCGAAGCUAAAAUCCAUAUCGAUGAAUCCGAUUCACUACUACAGCCCCAAACGCACCCAUUCAAAAAUAGAUCUAGGGCCUGAGGAUAUCACCAACAAGGCAAAACGCCCAGUAAUAACUCCAAAGACGCCCUCAUCCUCGAAACUUCCAACGCGUCGUGAAUUGAAGACCCUGAAGGUCUUUGUAGACAAACCAGGAAGUUUGGGUAUUUCUGUGGACCGUCAGGAGGCGGUGAGACCUUACUACAUUAUUUCUAAGCUCGAUCCCAACGGAGAUGCAGCAAAAUCUAAUAAAAUUCGCAUUGGGGAUGAGAUUGUUCGUGUAUCUGGUCGUCAGGUCAGGGGAAUGUCAGCGUCAGAAGCUAGAGCAGCAUUAAAAAGUUGUUAUGGUCUUGUGGAACUGAAGAUUGCCAGGGAGCCUAGAUUGACCUUCGAUGGAGAUUUGGGGGGAACCUGGGGGGAUCCAUUGGUGCGCACCAGGAGUGAUACCCAGGUCUGGGCGCUCAGGGAUUCCUCGGUGGAGCGAAAUUCAGAAGUUAAGAAUGCGGGGGGGAGUGAGACCACUAGUUGCCAGGUCAUUGGGGCUCUGACGAAAGAUGGCCGGAGUGUCUCUAAUAUCACGAUGGAUCGAAUUGAAAGUACCGAGGGUAAUGGGGAUAGUAAGAUCGUCACUCGCAAGAUCACGGGGAUGAGGAAGUUUCAAGUCCCCACCAAACGGUAUUCAACGCCGGUAUCACUGGGACGUAGAGCCACCAGUGCUUGCAUGGAUUUGUUGACAAUUACUUUGGAGAAAGGAGCAGAAAAGAAGCUUGGGUUUUCUAUCGUUGGAGGGGCUGACAGUAGUAAAGGGACGAUGGGAAUUUUUGUGAAGGAUAUUCUGCCUGAUGGACAAGCCGCCGAGGAGGGGACUCUGCGGGCUGGGGAUGAAAUCCUGGCGAUUAAUGGAUUAUUGAUGGAGGGACUCACUCAUGCUAAAGCACUACAGACCUUCAGAGCUGCCAAACGAGGAAAAAUGCUUAUUCAUGUGGGAAGGAAGGAGACGACACAUAAACGGUUAUUAGUUGGACAUUAAAGUCGCAUUAACAUGUAGGAUUAUGGGUCAGUCGAAAUCCUACGACUGCUUGGACAAGCUCGUGGAAGGCAGAGAAGAAUGACUAAGAUCGAAGGAAAUCUAGUUACCAUUUUUUUGCAGAUUUAACUUUUACUUUUUCAUAAUCGUGCAUUAGGAAUAAUUUCCUAUGAAGAAUUUUUUGAUCACUGAGGAGCCGGAUGUAUAUAGUUUCAUUUAUUAAAUUGACGAUUUAAGGUUUUGAUUAUUAAGGAAAUUGUGAUACUUGAUGUAGAUUUUUUUUAACUUGAUAAUUUUCAAUGUCUCAAAACUUCUUUUGUAAUUGGGGGACGAUAUCUGAUCAGAACAGUCUUUGUAAAUAGAAAUUAAUCAAUGAUUUUAAUUUUGAAAAUUGAGUCUUUUCAAUGGGUCAUUAUUUCCACCAUUCGUACAUUUGAAGGGAAGAGGUUUUCACUAUUUCCCUCGGAGUAGACACCCAAGUGAAUAUAUCAAUUCUCAUUGGUUAAAAAUCGUUAUUCCUCAAUGCCCAAGGAUUAUCCUUCCACAUUAGUUUCAAGUAUAGUAGACCUAUCCCUGUUAGACGCAAUCCGCUAACAUGAGGUAUACGGUCCCCAAGAGAGACAAGUGGUUCACAAUUAACAUAUAUUUUUAUGUUUUGAAAUGUUGUUUUGUUUAAUUUGAGCCACAGUACAAUACACAUUUUGAAAAAAAAAUAGGAACGUUUUUACGAAAUUUUGUGACAUUUUUGAGGCGACAUCCAGUCUACGAAUAAUUCGUUCAACGUAACAGCAAGAAGUUGAGGGAAUGCCGUUGUAAAAUUAACUUGUAAUUAGAUUUUAAAUGUAAUGAGACUGACAUUGAGCAAUGUCUACCUGAAAUAAUGCUGUGAUACGGAUUGUAGUCACAUAUUAGUCUAAAUGUCGUACAAAAAACAUUGUAUAUACAAAUAAACACAUCCUUUUGUUAAUUA